AACCACCCCAAAAAUCCAUCAUCCUGGGAGUUCUUUCUGAUGAUGCGACUCUGCACAGUUGAGAGGAGAAAUGCUGUAUUUUUAGCCUUAUUUUAUAAUCUGUGAGAGAGCAACCGAUCACUUUUACUGUCUGAGGGAAACAGAUUACUAGGCUGCAGUGAGUUUUUAACUGUUUUGAAGAUGAUCUGGGGUGUGUGCCUGCUUUGUUUAGCUGGGGGUCUAGGAGUUGUCCAUGCAGGUCCACUGAGGAACACUCGAAAGAUGGAAGAUAUGGCUGCACCAGAGGAAGAAAUCAGAGUGCUUAUGUUUGGUGUACUACAGUUCAGUGAAUCUCUGUCAUAUGUAUACGACACCACAGAGGCAAAGGUAGCUAAAAUAUGGCAGACACUGAGGAGCCACGGGGAAACUCUUCAAAAGCUGGGGAGGCAGACCGAGGAGGCGGCGGAGGUGGAGAAGCAGAUGAAGGAAGUGAUACACUUGCUACAGGCCCAGAUGGUCAUGCAGCGGGCUGAGACUAAGAAGACUAACAGUUGGCUGGCUAAUGUGGAGCAGGAAGAGGUGGAGCUGAAGACAAAGGUGGAGAAGAUGGAGAUGCAUCUUAAAAACUCUGUACCCACCAACAUCAAAGAGCUGCAGAAGAGAGCAAACGAGGUGACCGACAUCCUGAAAGGUUUACAUCACUUGACCGAGUUCCACAAAGAGAACAUUGAAACUCAGAAUGAGAAGCUCUCCAAGCUGCUUCAGAUGAGUGACACACUGGUUUGAUUUCACCUCGGGUCUGCCAGACUACACUGAAUCAAACUAGAUCCACGUCAACACUGUGUGACAUCACUGCACUCCUUUCCACUUCUGCAAGAAAUCCACAUUGUUUUAUUGUUACAACUAUUAUAUUAUAAAUGUUAUUUGUUAGUACUCCUGAUUGUGUCACUGUUUUUGUGGCUCUCAGAAAAAAAACAGGAAAACAACUUUUCUUUGUGUCCCUUAUUUGU